CGAAACCUCUGAAAACCCCUCUGACGGCUGUCACGUGUGAAACCCAGUUGGUCUUGGCAGAGGGAUCGACGCUCAGUGCCGCUUCUUUCAACUCAUUCUGCAACAAGAACACUUCCCCCAUUUAGUAUGACCACGACGUCGGCCCAGCGCACGAUGCAGGUGCUCGCAAACGGCGACAUCGUCGACUGCGCGCGCCUCCCCAACUCGGCCCGCAACACCCUGUACAAGACCGAGCUCUGCAAGCACUUUACCGAAACCGGCACGUGUCGCUACGGCACCAAGUGCCAGUUUGCGCACGGCGAAGACGAGCUCCGCGGUGUCUUGCGCCACCCCAAGUACAAGACGACAAAGUGCAAGGCCUUCCUUGCCACCGGCAAGUGCAUGUACGGCGGUCGCUGCCGCUUCAUCCACGACAGUUCGCCCGAGGAAGACUACAGCGACGACGAGGCGCACAGCAUGACGCGUGCCGAGCAGGACGCCGAAAACAUGAAGGGCCGCGGCCGCCCGAUCCCGCGCGUGAGCCCGUCGCGCACCCGCCACUUUUAUGGCGAGCCGGACGCCGAGGGCUCGAUCGAUUUGAGCUGCUACUCGACGGCGUUCAAGCUCCAGCCGGUCCACGCCGGGAGCUACCCCCCCUUUGAAGAGACCCGCUUUGCCCGCAAGGAGUACGGCUUUGGCGGCAGCGAUACGUCAAGCGACCACACGCCGUCGAUGAGCGACGAUGAGACGCUCGGCUUGAUGCACCUCAGCCUCGGCAACAACCAGAGCGACGAUGAUGUCGGCUCGGGCUCGCGGCUCUCGAUCUUCCAGCGCAUCUGCCGCGCGUCCGACUAGCGUGCUUCACUGUGGGGUCGCGACCCUAUUUAUCAUCCCCAUUUUUAUAAACAUCCUCGAGGUUAGAGUGAACACCUAUCUAUCAAGUCGGCAACUAUAAGCAACAAAUGUAUUCUAAGUGUUUUUCAACGCUUGGGAACGUGUUUCAGCAAGA